GUUGUGACACACAAUGCUUUCAAGCGUCGAGUGAUGUAUUCGUUGGUUUCGGUGUCAUAUGUGGCAUUGAUUGAACGGCUUGGCUAGAAGGGGGCGGGGAUACAUUUGCUAAUGAAUGCGUGUUGUAGCAACAGCCGUUUCCAAGGGAGAAUAUUAAAUGCAGACCCCCAGAAAGCGGCGAGGAUGGCGACAAGGUGCAGCUGACAGUCCACAACGAAGUAUUGUUUUCCGACGCACUGCAUGGAGGUAUCACAAGAACACGCAGACCUCGAGGCAGAUAUUUGUUCUCCUCAAAAUAUUAGUACAACAUGGAGCCUGUCCCCGGACCCAGGACCAUCAUCAGACUCUGAACUCUCCUUCUGUCUGGAUAACCUUCAUUGUCAGGACUCCACCCCACAGAGAAGACUACAGCUGACGCCGGAACUUCUGACUCCUAGCCCGAUUCAGAACAAAGGUGUUUCCCAAGAGAUGACGACGCCGACAGGUUCAGAUAAAACCAUAGCUGAAUGUGAAGUCGCGAAAAGGAAAGGGGAGAGAUCUGGCUCACAAAGAUGCUCUGAUCCAAAAAUGGGACAAAAUACACGGAAGUCACAGGGGACGAGGGAAGCGAAUAAAGAGAAUAAGCGGUUGCGAGUGACGUUGUCCAGUCGGUUUGCCGGUUCCACUGCACUUCAAGGUCUGACCAGAAGUGGAAGGGGACAGAGACAGAGUCCAGAGGCCAGCUGGGAUCCUGUGGAAGAGCGAUGGACUGAGCUUGCGACUUUGUUUCCUGGACAGUGGACUCAAUCCAGACAUCAGCCACACCCCCUGGACAUCCCUAAUUCUGUAGCUGAAGACAAAAAUCUCAUUGGAGACUACAGCAAGCCACAUCUCUUUCCUGUGAAGAGAGGGGGACACUUGGAUCUGCAGUAUAUAUCAUCACAGACAGUGGCAUCUCUGGUCAAUGGAAAAUACAAGAGCGUUGUGUCGAGCUACCUCAUCAUAGACUGUCGCUACCCUUACGAAUUUAAAGGGGGACAUAUCAGGGGGGCCAUAAACCUUCACUCUGAAGUGCAGCUGCAGGAAGCUCUUUUCCAGGAUACUGUCAUGUUCCAGAAGCCCCCCCGGACAAUGUCUCCCAGCAGCCCCCCUACUGCAGCCCCCCUCCCAGAUACAGGCCUUCCCAGCCAAGGGGGUACUUUUCAGGGACAAACGCCACAAAGGGGCACAUUAGAGAGUGGGUCCCCGCCAGGUGGUCCCUUGCCAAGGAAACUCAUAGUCUUUCACUGCGAGUAUUCUACUGAAAGAGGUCCCCGCUUAUAUAGAAACCUGCGAAAGCUGGAUAGAGGCCUCAACGUUUACCCUCAGCUUUUUUACCCAGAACUGUAUGUCCUAGAUGGAGGAUACAAAGAAUUCUACUCCCAGUUUCCGGGCCUGUGUGAACCUUCUGGCUACGUCCCGAUGCUCCACAGAGACUUCAGGGAGCAACUGUACAGAUUCCGUAGGAAGAGAAGAUCACGCACCAUACAACACAGAAAGAAGCAGCUUUUUAAAUCAGAUGUGUAGUCUACCAUGCCAGAGAUGUUACAAAUAAAAUUUAAUUAAGGAUAUA